UUCUCAUCGGCCAACAUUCUCCUCUCCAUCACAGCAUUUCUUGGGAAUUCUCUUAUCCUUUUUGCUCUUCACAAGGAAUAUUCUCUCCAUCCGCCAUCCAAACUCUUGUAUCGUUGUCUGGCAACCAUUAAUUCGUUGGUUGGUCUUGUUGUCCAGCCUCUCUCUGCUACCUACAGGAUGUCCUUGGUUCAUGAACACUGGAGUUUUUGUCGAUACGCAAGGGACGCAAUCGUUAUAUCAAGCUAUGUAUUAUGCGGAGUCUCUUUGAUGAAGAUGACGGCCUUGAGCGUAGACCGACUUCUCGCCAUGUUGUUGGGACUGAGAUACAAAGAGAUUGUAACUUUGAGGCGCACGUAUAUCAUUUUAGCUAUCGUUUGGGUUGUAUGUCUAGUCACUGGUUUAUUCUUAUCUCAAUUACCAUAUAGGCCUUUGGUUCCUUAUCAUAACUAUACCACCUGGCCUGGUAAUCUCAGUCAUCUCGUACACAGAGAUUUUCCGCGCUCUCGUUCGUCAUCAGGCUCAAAUACAAGAUCAUGGCGCGAUACAAAAAGGCGGUGUACAAUGCACUGUAGGUGCAGUUAGCUUCAGUUGUCUGUUAUGUUCCACAGAUUACAGGGAGAAUUGCGAUCUAUCUUAAUGCAAAGAGAUUUUCGAGUUUCUUCUCAAUCUACGAAAUGGAAACUGUCUUAGGUAGACCUAAUAUCACGUUGGAAGUCAAUUCUUAAGAAGUUGAUUAUCACUAUUUUUACAUAGAUUUAUCGUUUGAGACCGAUCGUAUGCCAGGGAGCAAGUUCGAAAAUUAUGAGGGAAGAAACUUAUGAUAAGAAAUAGUUAAAAAAACUCUAACAUGGUUAAUAAGACUUGAUUCAGGACCGUUACGAAUAUCGCAAAAUGAAAAACGCUUUGAAUGCAAAUUUCUGAUUAGUAAAUGAGAUGAAAAAGUUAAAGUUGCCAUAAAUGUCAUAAAUGAAGAUAAAUCUCAUGGAUAAAAUAAGAGUCAAUUAAAUUUAGUCGGUAAUGUUUAAAUGUUCAAAAUUAUUUAUCGAUCGACUGAUUUCCGACUGCGGUAUUUAGACAUCGUAGACUUAUGUUCUAAAAUACUCCACAAAAUUUUAAAAAAAUGCUCCUUUAUUUACUUUGUCUUGCUGAGUCAUGAGCUAAGAAGGGCAAGCCAAGCUGAAACUGAUCUUUUAAUAAAAUAUAAUGAAAUGAUGUAGAAUGUCCCAGGCUGUUAAGCAUAUCUCUAUAAGCAGAGCUCAUAUUUAGUUGCAGUUGUUCUCACCAGCCUUUUCCAGGCGUUCAUUCAGUAAAACGGAGCGACACGGUAGUAGCGGUGGAAUGAUGAAACGGGGGAGUUUUGGGUCGGGUCGGGUCGGGUCGGGUCGGGUGAACGCCGUUCUUUACCCGUCUGGACCCAAGCCUCACUCUUUUUCGGUGCGCCCUGAUUAUCGCGCCAUUUACUGUGCACUUCGCUUUACUAGCUGAACGCCUCAAACAGGCUGUGUUAUCACUCGAUGAGCUGUCAAAGAAAAAAGCGUAAUGCAGAACACAAGAGACUACAUCAUAUAUUUUCUUCGAGUCAAAAGUGGAGCCACUUAUUACGAAUGAGGAAUCGAGAGACAAAAUAAAUGCAAUCACCUGUCGUAUACAUAACAGCUUUAAUUUUUACUACGGUAAUGUUUUGCAAUCAAAUAAUUACUUACAUUUGAAUUAUUUAUGAUCUUUUUACCAAUAUUUCCACCAUUUAAAAGUGUGACAUGUAGAUACAAAAAAAUUUAAAUAUUUUUAGAACAACUUUGCAUCUCUAACCAACAUAAAUUUUGAAAUUGGAAUUUUUCUCUAAGUUUUCCUAAACUGUUAACAAUUUAUGUCAUCCCGAGAUCACGUGAAUUAAUAAUUCACGCUGUCAGCCGGGUAAGGCAACGAGUCCGAUCCAAACAAGACGUCGGCCUAUGCGUUAAUCAAGGUGUCGGCCAACGGCAAUUGGUCGACUAUCGACGAACUGUCGGUCGACUUUCGAUAUCCUAUCACUGAAGGUUUAUUUGAGUAAAUGAAUUUUUUAAAAUCUUUUUUUGGGAAAUUAACCUAUCACAAAUGCAGUUUUACUUUCCUCCUAUUACUAAUUCAAAUUCGCGCAGAAAGACUGGCGUUUUUUUGCUCUUUCGUGUCACAAACCUCACAGCGUUCCGGCAUUAUACAUAGUCAGACGCUAGUGAUGAACUUUUACUCUCUGCAAUUGUUAUCCAAAAAUUAUGGUUUAACCGACCUUGACUUAAAGGGUGCUGUUAAGACGAAACAUUCCUCGUUGUAUCUAAGGAUAACCUCCAAAAGAAUGGAAACGACAGCAAGAUGAUGGCGACAACAAAUCUAACUGAAAGUGGAACACAUACGCAAACAUUUCACGAAUCGCUAUGUUCCCCGAUUUGGUUAGGUGAUUUUAAACAACAGUCCAUUUCAUUCUCAGCAGUCAACAUUUUCUUCUCCAUCACAGCAAUUCUUGGGAAUUCCCUUAUCCUUGUUGCCCUUCACAAAGAAUCUUCCCUCCAUCCGCCAUCCAAACUCUUGUAUAGUUGUUUGGCAACAUCUGAUCUGUUGGUUGGUCUUGUUAACCAGCCUCUCUACGCUGCCUACUGGAUGUCCGUGGUUCACGAAAACUGGAGUUUUUGUAGAUACGCAAGGGAUGCAACCGUCAUAUCAAGCUAUGUAUUAUGCGGAGUGUCUUUGAUGACGAUGACGGCCAUAAGCGUGGACCGACUUCUCGCCAUGUUGUUGGGAAUGAGAUAUAAAGAGAUUGUAACUUUGAGGCGCAUCUAUAUCAUUUUAGCUAUCGUUUGGGUUGUAUGUCUAGUCGCUGGUUUAUUCUCUUAUCUCAAUUACCGUAUAGGUCUUUGGUACCGCAUCAUAACCAUACCAUCAUGUCUGGUAAUCUCAGUCGCCUCGUACACAAAGAUUUUUCGCGCUCUCACUCAUCAUCGGGCUCAAAUACAAGAUCAUGUUCAACGACAGCCGAGCCAACCAAAUGCACUGAACAUGGCGCGAUACAGAAAGGCAGUGUACAAUGCGAUUUGGGUGCAAUUAGCUUUAGUUGCCUGUUAUGUUCCACAGUUUAUAGUGAGAAUUGUGACCUUUCUUAGUGCAAAGAGAUUUUCGAAUUUAUUCGUAAUUUACGGAAUGGGAAUUUUCAUACUUUUCUUUAACUCAACUUUAAACCCCUUCCUUUACUGCUGGAAGAUAAGUGAAGUGAGACGAGCAGUGAAGCAGACAAUCAGACAAGCAAUCUGCUUUGCAGAGGGGUAGACCUAUUUUAACGUUGGCAUGUACUGCUUCUUCUAUAACUUAUAUGGAGAUUCUGCUUAGAGUUUAACCCGAUUAUCGGAUUUCAUCGUAAUCAAGGGUAUGGCAGAUGUUUUAGUAGUUUUCUUUAACUCGACUUUAAACCCGUUUCUUUGCUGUUAAUUUAAAAGCAUUCUUAUUACCAAUUUCGAAUAUUCAAGGGAAAUACGUGACUCUAUCACAGGCCGUGUACACAAAGCUGCUCUUAUGAGAAAACAUUCUAUCAUUUCAUGACAAUCGAGUACGAAGCGCGCUCUUGAGUACCUAUCACUACUCCUAAUUAAAAGGGUUUGCAUGACAGCUCACCACUUCAGGUAUUAUUUCCGCGCUUAAAUUUCAUCUGAUGGUCAAAAAAAGACUUAUGUCAUUAAAAUUCUGAAAAAUGAGAAUAAGUAUAAUGAAAGGAUUAAAUCUUUGGUUUAAGAACUACUAUGCUCUAACCCCUUUUAUGUGGUUUUCCUUAACAUCUCUCUUUCAUUCUCGGAACUGUUACGAAUAUCACGGAAUGAUAAAUAAUGAUGGUUGUAUGCAAAUUUUUGAUGAGUAAAUAAUAUGAAAAAAGCUGACGUUGCCAUAAAUGUCACAAAUGAAGGUAUAUUUCAUAGAUGAAACGAGAAUCAUAAAAAUUUGGUCAGUCAUGUUUAAAAGUUCAAAAUUAUUUACCAGGAUCGACUGAUUUCCCACCUCGAUUUUUAGAUAUCGUAGAAUCUUGUUCUAAAAUAUUCCAGAAAAUUUGGAAAUACUCCUUUAUUUAUUUUGUCUUGUUGAGUUAUGAGCUAAGCCAGGCAAGCUAAGCUGAAACUCAUCUUUAAACAGAAUAUGAUGAAAUGAUGUAGAAUGUCACAUACUGUUAAGCAUAUCUUUAUAAACAGAGCUCAGGGUUAGCUGCCAUUGUUGUAACUAGCCUUUUAAAUGCUUUAAUUUUGUAAUACGGAGCGGAAUGGUGCAUGGCACGAUAGUAGCGGUGGAGAGAAAAAAAGAGAGAGGCUUGGGUCGUGUCCGAUCGGGUCGGGUCGGGUCGGGUGAACGUUGUUCUUUACCCGACUGGACCCUAGCCUCACUUUUUUUCACACCACCGUGACUAUCGCGCCGUUUAUUGGGCACCUCGUUUUGUCAGCUUCGAACAGGCUAUGUUGUCACUCGAUAAGCUGUCAAAAAAUGCUCUGAUGCAGAAUACAACUGACUUCUACAGAUAUUUUCUUCGAGUCAGUAAUGGAAACUCUUAUUGGAAAAGAGGAAUCGAGACAAAAUGAAUGCAAUCACCUGUUGUAUACAUGACAACUUUAAACAUUAUUAUGGUAGUUUUUCAAAAAACUCACACAAAACCCGGGCUAAAUAACAUGGUCUUGGUGACAAUAGACUCACCCAAAGGAAGUUUUCAAACUACUUCCCGACCGAGUAGAAUCUGCACUGCAACCUUUUUGUUUUUCAAUUUGCCGUACGUAUGUGAUCAUAAUUCUGACAAGUCCUGAUAUAACAGCAGUGCCUAAGCACUUUGUCAUAUGUCAAUAGCUAUCAAUAAAGGUUUUUCUAGGUCAAACACGGAUUUUUUUCACUAUUUCUAUUGAAACAAUGGUCACAGAGAGUAUAACUUUGUCCCUGUUAUACGAUGCCAUAUCCAAAAUAUCGCUUAUCAAUUCGAUUAACAGGUAACAAGACAAACAGCAUUGUUCAAAAAUCAAACUUCCGCCUUAGAACCAGAGAUAAUUGGCACACAAAAUGUCUCCGGUGAUAAGAAUGUUUGAAUUCCUUGUUUGUACAGGCGUGCAUUGUUAGUGGUGUUUAAAAAAAAAUGUUCACCGCUGCAUCUAUUUUCAAACAUUUUAAGACAAAAAGGCAGAGUUCAAGGCAGUUUGAUCGUGAGAGAGGUUUUCAUGAUCUCAAAGUUCCAGUCAGGUGCGACGCGUAUAGAACAAAGAACCAAAAUACAAAUAUUUUUAGGAGUAACUAUGCAUCUGUAACAAUACAUUAAUUUUGAAUAGUUUUAUGCAGUCUAGAUUUCUAUUUUUCCCAUACCAAUUAUCCUUUUGAAAAAAUUGGCAUUAUAGAUGUAGAAAAUAGAAUAAUUGAGAAAGUAAAUUUUGGGCACGUUACUGAACUAGGGAAAAAUGUUUUUUAAUCUUGUCACGUGCGUAGGACUGGUAAUCUCAGUCGCCUCGUACACAAAGAUUUUUCGCGCUGUCGGUCAUCAUCAAGCUCAAAUACAGGAUCACGCUCAACAACAGCCGAACCAAGCAAAUGUACUGAACAUGGUGCCAUACAUAAAGGCACUACACAGUGCAGUGUGGGUGCAGUUAGCUUUAAUUGUUUGUUAUGUACCAUGUUUUACAUUGAUCAUUCUUUGUGAAGUACGAUGUCCGAAUGACAUCAGAAUUGAGGAAAUGGCAAUUGUCAUCGUGUUCUUUAAUUUUACUUUAAACCCGUUCCUUUACUGCUGGAAGAUAAUUGAAGUGAGACAAGCAGUAAAGCAGACAAUCAGACAAGCAAUCUCUUGCGUAUAGGUAGACCUAUUUUAACGCUGGCAUAUACUGCUUCUUUUAGAAAUUAUUUGAAAAAUUAUGUUUGUGAGAAGAGAGGAGAAGAUUUGCCAUUCUAUGAUAAAAAAGGGUGAGGGAAAAUAUGAAGAGCUUUUUAUGUAAUGUUUAAAAAACGAGCAGGAGUGUUUUAUCGGGUUUUUGACCCGAUAAAACACGUGCUGCGAGUUUUUUGAACGGCUUCAAAAACAUUCUUGGAAAAGCGUGUGUCAAGAGAGUUCAUAACAAUUAUGCUUUUGUGAACGUUAGAAAUUAGCAUACGAGAAAAACAUUAGGGAUUAAAUUAGUAUGCAAGAAAAUCAAAUCUCACACGUGUCAACUGAUCUUGAAUUCGAAGUUUCAGAUGAUGUAUUGUCUAAUAUGCCUUUACCAGAUUACUGUACUAAUGGAAUAGAGAAUUUUUCCAGAUGUGUAUUUCACAACUGUAAUAUUAAUUUGGUGCAAAAGUAAAUUGGCUGUGUGGAAUUUGUUGAAAGAACAUUAAAUAUGUUCCCACAAUUUGUUGUGUCAGUUUCUGUGUUGAUAAUUAAUUAAUUUUCAUAAGUCACGUGCAGUGUCUUUAUAUCUGAUAAAACACCGCAUACUAAUAAAGAUGAGGUUUAUCGAUAUAAAGUCACUGCACGUGAUGUAUUAUCUACCAUUUGAUAGGUUAAUGGGCUUAUGAAUUAUUAAUGAGCUUUUGAAAAAUAGUAUAUUGUACUCAAAUUAUCUAAUGAACAACUACCAGGCGAAAAAUUGUAGUUUAGUAGCCAUAAUAAAACAAUAACAUGUCGCUAAUUUGUGCAUUUUGGAAUCAAAAUGCGCUCAGAAUUUUUCUUUACGAUCAAAUCUUGAUGCGAUAUAUCACCUUAGAUCAAAACUAUGGUUUAGUGAUAACGCGCUGUUAACGGAGCCAGCCGCUCGAUUUUGUCACGAUUGGGAAUGAGCCAUGGUGUUUACAACGAAACUUUGUAAAUUAAAGAUGAGGACUUUGUUAACAUCUGUUAAAAUAUACAGAAGAAACUGCUUAGAAAAGAAGUUGAUCAUUUCUGUUUCACAUAGAGUUAUCGUUUGAGACUAGUCGUUUGCCUAAGAUUAAGCUCGCAAAUAGUAACAGAAGAAAGUUGUAAUAAGGAAUGAUUUUAAAAAAACUUUAACAUAUGGUUGAUAAAACCAGCUAUUUUUCAGUAUGUUACUAACAUCAAUUAAGACUGUUUAUCGGGUUGCCUCACUAUUUUGACCACUGCUAAGAUGAAUAUCGUUGUCGAUAAGAGCACAGACCACAAUAAACCAUGGCCAUGGUCGAUUUGUUAAAUGGAGAGUUUUCGCUAACAGCAAGUUUCCUACUAGCACCUAACUAUGUAUAGUAAAUACAAGAUAAUUAGCAGAUGAAAAAAAUUGUCCGAAACGGAGGACAAUUUGUAUUGUUAAAGGUGUUUUUCUUUAACUGUUCACCGCUACAUUUAUUUUCACAUUUUUCAGGGCAUAAAGGCAGAGAUCAAUGCAAUUUGAUCGGUGGAGACGUUGUCAUUUUGUAAAAGAUCCAGUCACAUUUGACACGUAGAGAACAAAGAACAAAAUUUUUAUUUUUUUUAGUGGUAACUAUGAAUCUGUAACCAUAUAUGAAUUCUGAGUAAUUUUAAAUAAUCUAGUUUUCUAUUUACACCAAUACCGAUUAAUGUUUUUAAAAGAGGAUUUUUACCUUUUACCAAAUAUUUUCGGUGCUCUCAGUCAUCAUCUGGCUGAAGUAUAGGAUCAUGUUAAACAUGAUAAAGAAUACACGAGAAGGCUAGAGAUACAAUCCAAACGAUACCUAACAUGAUAUACGUGCGCCUCAAAGUUACAACCUCUUUGUUUCUCAGUUCCAACAGCCGAACGAAACAAAUGCACCGAACAUGGCGCGAUACAGAAAGGCAGUGUUUAGUGCACUGUGGGUGCCGUCAGCAUUAGUUUUCUGCUAUGUACAAAACUUAACAGUGGAAAUUGUGAUAUGUACGAGUAUAAACCGACUAUAUAAUUUCAUCAUAAUCGUCAUUAUCAUUUGCCAUAUAGGCGAAUGUUUUAUUUUUUUCAACUCCAUUUUAAACCCAUUUCUUUACCGUUGGUAGAUCAGAUAUAAGAGAAGUACGAAAGCAGACAAUCCUACAAGCAAUUUGCAAUAUAAAGGUUUCGACCUAUUUCGACGUUUACAUAUUCUGUUUCUUCCAAAGCUAUUUAUCAAUGAUGUUUGCCAUGAAUACAAUUUAAUAAAGAGUAAGGAAAACCAUAAAGAGCUACUUCUAAUUUUUAUACUGUAUUCGAGUUAUAUCAAGAGCAACCGAAAGAUAAAAAAACUCAGUUCGUUAAGUGUAUCACAAGGAUAUCAUGUGCCGAAUUUGCACACGUAUAAUGAAGCAAUGGAGAAUAUUUCGGCUUUUCAAGCAGAAUGCACGAUUUUGCUGUUUUUUCAAAACUUGGAUGAAAUAUAUCACUUUGGCUCUGAUAUACGGUCAAGUGUUUAUGGAGUGUACCAGGAGCCUCGAUUUGUUUAUAACUUUGUAAAUAUGUAGACUUUGUUUUCAUUUGUUUAAAUAUUUUGAAGUCAAUUCUUAAGAAGUUGAUCAGUAUCACUAUUUUACAUAGAUUUAUCGUUUGAGACCAAUCGUAUGCCAGAGAGCAAGUUCGAAAAUUAUGAGAGAAGAAACUUAUGAUAAGAAAUAGUUAAAAAAAACUCUAACAUGGUUAAUAAGACUUAAUUCAGGACCGUUACAAAUAUCGCAAAAUGAAAAUGCGUUGAAUGCAAAUUUCUGAUUAGUAAAUAAGAUGAAAAAGUUAAAGUUGCCAUAAAUGUUAUAAAUGUUAUAAAUGUCAUAAAUGAAGAUAAAUCUCAUGGAUAAAAUAAGAAUCAAUUAAAUUUGGUCGGUAAUGUUUAAAUGUUCAAAAUUAUUUAUCGAUCGACUGAUUUCCGACUGCGAUAUUUAGAAAUCGUAGACUUAUGUUCUAAAAUACUCCACAAAAUUUUAAAAAAAUGCUCCUUUAUUUACUUUGUCUUGCUGAGUCAUGAGCUAAGGAGGGCAAGCCAAACUGAAACUGAUCUUUUAAUAAAAUUUAUAAUAAAGUUCGGAUAUAACGCGCGCUGUCAUUGGUUGAAAGAGCGUGCUCUAUGAGAGUAUAGAGCAUAGAACUGAGCUAAAGCUGUCACGCCAUCUGCCAAAUUGUACCAUGUUCGACCUUUUCCGGGACUUCUUUUUAGCUUUUUUUCCGAUAAUUGAAAGUGAAAUUUCGGAACAAGCGAGCCGGCAAGUAGUAACAGAAGAACCAAAGAAAGGUUUGUAAACAUACCAGGCGCCGUUAUUUACGUUAUUAAAACGUGGGCAGAUACGAAAAUCCUCAAAGGAAAAACAAAAUAGACAUUCCGAGUUUUAAAGAUUUUCACGCUCAGUUAGAUUGCAAGCUUACGUACGGUAAUGAAAAUCAAACACAGCCAACACUCGUAUAGUAUCAUGUUCUGGUGAAUUCGGCUGUCGUUCAUUUAAAAAACACUCGCCUUGAACAGUUUGUUUUCUACCUUGUCAUGUGAAAAAACCCGCGUGUUUUUAUGAGCCAUAAUUCGGCUGAAGUUCACUGAACAUUUCACUUCAAGAUUCUGAAUUAAAAACUUCAGGCAAAAGCGUUAAAUUCGACCUGCCGAAUUAUUUUAGUUUGUAAACUAUCGCAGAGUGUGAACUUUGAUGGUUUUUGAACUUUGAUGGUUUUUGAACUUUGAUGGUUUGACACUUUUGACAGCUUUUGUCUUGUACAGCCAAUCUGAUUAUUUGAACUAUUCUAACAGGGAUUCUGAUUGGCUUAUUGUAGCGUGCUUUAUGAGAGUAUAGAGCAUGCUGACGGCAUUGUUCUUCGCUUUGGAAAUAAAGUUUGUUUUGAAAAUUGAAAGUAAUACAUGGGGAAUUGAACGGAUUCUUUAUUAUAAAACAAAUAGAGAAGCCUUGACUGUGCUCUGUUCUGUUAUAAAGCACUUAGGAAGCGGCUAGAGCACUCAAGAAGUGGGAAGAAACACUCGACUACGUCUCAUGUUUCUCCCUACACUUCUUUCGUGCUCUAGCCGCUUCCCGCGUGCUUUAUAACAGAACAGAGCACAGUCAAGGCUUCUCUAUUUGUUAAAUAAUGAAAUGAUGUAGAAUGUCACAGGCUGUUAAGCAUAUCUCUAUAAGCAGAGCUCAUAUUUAGUUGCAGUUGUUCUCAACAGCCUUUUCCAGGCGUUCAUUUGGUAAAACGGAGCGACACGGUAGUAGCGGUGGAACGAUGAAACGGGGGAGUUUUGGGUCGGGUCGGGUUGGGUCGGGUCGGGUCGGGUCGGGUCGGGUCGGGUGAACGCCGUUCUUUACCCGUCUGGACCCAAGCCUCACUCUUUUUCGGUGCGCCCUGAUUAUCGCGCCGUUUACUGUGCACUUCGCUUUACUAGCUGAACGCCUCAAAAAGGCUGUGUUAUCACUCGAUGAGCUGUCAAAGAAAAAAGCGUAAUGCAGAACACAAGAGACUACAUCAUAUAUUUUCUUCGAGUCAAAAGUGGAGCCACUUAUUACGAAUGAGGAAUCGAGAGACAAAAUAAAUGCAAUCACCUGUCGUAUACAUAACAACUUUAAUUUUUACUACGGUAAUGUUUUGCAAUCAAAUAAUUACUAACACAGAAAAUUUAAUUCAUCUUACUGAAUUGUUCAUUGAGCAAACAAUUUAAAGAGACUUCUGUAGCAUUAAAGUCCACACGGCAACCGGGUGGACAAUCUGACAUGAUUUGAUGCUACUCUGGUUUACAGAUUUAAUGAGUGUAACCGAAGAAGUUACAAUUCUUCGGUUACAUUCAUUAAAUCUGUAAACCAGAGUAGCAUCAAACCAUGUCAGACCUCUGUAGCUUUAUGCUUUGCGCCUAUGAAAUGAUUGGAUAUUUUUAUUCGGUAGCAAAACCGUAUCGUAAAAAAAAAAGCUAAUGCAUGUAUAGUUUUUCAAAAAAAACUAAAACAAAACUUCGGCUAAAAUAACAUGGCAUUGGGGCAUUGGUGACCAUAGAUUCAUACAGAGGAAGUCUUCAAACUACUUCCUGACCAAGUAACAUCUACCUUGCAAUCUUUUUGUUUUUCAGUUUGCCGUAAGUAUGUGAUCAUAAUUCUGGCUGACAAGACCCGGUAUCACAGCACUGGCAUAAGCACUUCAUCAUCUGUCAGUAGCUUUUAGUGAAGGUUUUCCUUACUCAAACACUAAUAUUUUAAUUUUUUAGAUUUUUUUAAAAAUUUUUUUUAAACAAUGGUCACAGAUUAAAAAAAUUUGUCCCUGGAUGCCACAUUCAAAAUGUCGUUUACCAAUUACAGGUAACUAAGACAAACAGAAAUCUUCAGUAGCAAACUUCCGCCGUAAAAAACCAGUGAUAAUUUGCACACACAUCGUCUCCCGUGGGGGGAGCAUUUGAAUUAUUUAUGAUCUUUUUACCAACAUUUCCACCAUUUAAAAGUGUGACAUUUAGAUACAAAAAAAUAUAAAUAUUUUUAGAAUAACUUUGCAUCUCUAACCAACAUAAAUUUUGAAAUUGGACUUUUUCCCUAAGUUUUCCUAAACUGUUAACAAUUCAUGUCAUCCCGAGAUCACGUGAAUUAAUAAUUCACGCUAUCAGCCGGGUAAGGCAACGAGUCCGAUCCAAACAACACGUCGGCCUAUGCGUUAAUCAAGGUGUCGGCUAACGGUAAUUGGUCGACUAUCGACGAACUGUCGGUCGACUUUGGAUAUCCUAUUACUGAAGGUUUAUUUGAGUAAAUGAAUUUUUUUAAAUAUUUUUUUGGGAAAUUAACCUAUCACAAAUGCAGUUUUACUUUCCUCCAAUUCCUAAUUCAAAUUCGCGCAGAAAGACUGGCGUUUUUUGCUCUUUCGUGUCACAAACCUCACAGCGUUCCGGCAUUAUACAUAGUCAGACGCUAGUGAUAAACUUUUACUCUCUACAAUUGUUAUCCAAAAAUUAAGGUUUAACCGACCUUGACUUAAAAGGGUGCUGUUAAGACGAAACAUUCCUCGUUGUAUCUAAGGAUAACCUCCAAAAGAGUGGAAACGACAGCAAGAUGAUGGCGACAACAAAUCUAACUGAAAGUGGAACACAUACGCAAACAUUUCACGAAUCGCUCUGUUCCCCGAUUUGGUUAGGUGAUUUUAAACAACAGUCCAUUUCAUUCUCAGCAGUCAACAUUUUCUUCUCCAUCACAGCAAUUCUUGGGAAUUCCCUUAUCCUUGUUGCCCUUCACAAAGAAUCUUCCCUCCAUCCGCCAUCCAAACUCUUGUAUCGUUGUCUGGCAACAACUGAUCUGUUGGUUGGUCUUGUUAACCAGCCUCUCUACGCUGCCUACUGGAUGUCCGUGGUUCACGAACACUGGAGUUUUUGUAGAUACGCAAGGGAUGCAACCGUCAUAUCAAACUAUGUAUUAUGCGGAGUGUCUUUGAUGACGAUGACGGCCAUAAGCGUGGACCGACUUCUCGCCAUGUUGUUGGGACUGAGAUAUAAAGAGAUUGUAACUUUGAGGCGCACCUAUAUCAUUUUAGCUAUCGUUUGGGUUGGAUGUCUAGUCGCUGGUUUAAUCUCUCAUCUCAAUUACCGUAUAGGUCUUUGGUACCGCAUCAUAACCAUACCAUCAUGUCUGGUAAUCUCAGUCGCCUCGUACACAAAGAUUUUUCGCGCUCUCAGUCGUCAUCAGGCUCAAAUACAAGAUCAUGUUCAACGACAGCCGAGCCAACCAAAUGCACUGAACAUGGCGCGAUACAGAAAGGCAGUGUACAAUGCGAUUUGGGUGCAGUUAGCUUUAGUUGCCUGUUAUGUUCCACAGUUUACAGUGAAAAUUGUGAUCUUUCUUAGUACAAAGAGUGGAUUUUCGAAUUUCUUCAUAUUCCUGGGAAUGGCAAAUGUCUUACUGUUCUUUAACUCUACUUUAAACCCGUUCCUUUUCUGCUGGAAGAUAAGUGAAGUGAGACGAGCAGUGAAGCAGACAAUCAGACAAGCAAUCUGCUUUGCAGAGGGGUAGACCUAUUUUAACGUUGGCAUGUACUGCUUCUUCUAUAACUUAUAUGGAGAUUCUGCUUAGAGUUUAACCCGAUUAUCGGAUUUCAUCGUAAUCAAGGGUAUGGCAGAUGUUUUAGUAGUUUUCUUUAACUCGACUUUAAACCCGUUUCUUUGCUGUUAAUUUAAAAGCAUUCUUAUUACCAAUUUCGAAUAUUCAAGGGAAAUACGUGACUCUAUCACAGGCCGUGUACACAAAGCUGGUCUUAUGAGAAAACAUUCUAUCAUUUCAUGACAAUCGAGUACGAAGCGCGCUCUUGAGUACCUAUCACUACUCCUAAUUAAAAGGGUUUGUAUGACAGCUCACCACUUCAGGUAUUAUUUCCGCGCUUAAAUUUCAUCUGAUGGUCAAAAAAAGACUUAUGUCAUUAAAAUAAUGAAAAAAGAGAAUAAGUAUAAUGAAAGAAUUAAAUCUUUGGUUUAAGAACUACUAUGCUCUAACCCCUUUUAUGUGGUUUUCCUUAACAUCUCUCUUUCAUUCUCGGAACUGUUACGAAUAUCACGGAAUGAUAAAUAAUGAUGGUUGUAUGCAAAUUUUUGAUGAGUAAAUAAUAUGAAAAAAGCUGACGUUGCCAUAAAUGUCACAAAUGAAGGUAUAUUUCAUAGAUGAAACGAGAAUCAUAAAAAUUUGGUCAGUCAUGUUUAAAAGUUCAAAAUUAUUUACCAGGAUCGACUGAUUUCCCACCUCUAUUUUUAGAUAUCGUAGAAUCUUGUUCUAAAAUAUUCCAGAAAAUUUUGAAAUACUCCUUUAUUUAUUUUGUCUUGUUGAGUUAUGAGCUAAGCCAGGCAAGCUAAACUGAAACUCAUCUUUAAACAGUAUAUGAUGAAAUGAUGUAGAAUGUCACAUACUGUUAAGCAUAUCUUUAUAAGCAGAGCUCAUGGUUAGCUGCCAUUGUUGUUACUAGCCUUUUAAAGGCUUUAAUUUUGUAAAACGGAGCGAAAUGGUGCAUGGCACGAUAGUAGCGGUGGAAAGAAAAAAAGAGGGAGGCUUGGGUCGGGUCGGGUCGGGUCGGGUGAACGUUUUUCUUUACCCGACUGGACCCUAGCCUCACUUUUUUCCACACCACCGUGACUAUCGCGCCGUUUAUUGGGCACUUCGUUUUGCCAGCUUCAAACAGGCUAUGUUGUCACUCGAUAGGCUAUCAAAAAAUGCUCUGAUGCAGAAUACAACUGACUUCUACAGAUAUUUUUUUCGAGUCAGUAAUGGAAACUCUUAUUAGAAAAGAGCAAUCGAGACAAAAUGAAUGCAAUCACCUGUUGUAUACAUGACAACUUUAAACAUUAUUAUGGUAGUUUUUCAAAAAACUCAUACAAAACCCGGGCUAAAUAACAUGGUCUUGGUGACAAUAGACUCACCCAUAGGAAGUUUUCAAACUACUUCCCGACCGAGUAGAAUCUGCACUGCAACCUUUUUGUUUUUCAAUUUGCCGUACGUAUGUGAUCAUAAUUCUGACAAGUCCUGAUAUAACAGCAGUGCCUAAGCACUUUGUCAUCUGUCAAUAGCUAUCAAUAAAGGUUUUUCUUGGUCAAACACGGAUUUUUUUCACUAUUUCUAUUGAAACAAUGGUCACAGAGAGUAUAACUUUGUCCCUGUUAUACGAUGCCAUAUCCAAAAUAUCGCUUAUCAAUUCGAUUAACAGGUAACAAGACAAACAGCAUUGUUCAAAAUCAAACUUCCGCCUUAGAACCAGAGAUAAUUGGCACACAAAAUGUCUCCGGUGAUAAGAAUGUUUGAAUUCCUUGUUUGCACAGGCGUGCAUUGUUAGUGGUGUUUAAAACAAAAUGUUCACCGCUGCAUCUAUUUUCAAACAUUUUAAGACAAAAAGGCAGAGUUCAAGGCAGUUUGAUCGUGAGAGAGGUUCUCAUGAUCUCAAAGUUCCAGUCAGGUGCGACGCGUAUAGAACAAAGAACAAAAAUACAAAUAUUUUUAGGAGUAACUAUGCAUCUGUAACAAUACAUUAAUUUUGAAUAGUUUUAUGCAGUCUAGAUUUCUAUUUUUCCCAUACCAAUUAUCCUUUUGAAAAAAUUGGCAUUAUAGAUGUAGAAAAUAGAAUAAUUGAGAAAGUAAAUUUUGGGCACGUUACUGAACUAGGGAAAAAAUGUUUUUUAAUCUUGUCACGUGCGUAGGACUGGUAAUCUCAGUCGCCUCGUACACAAAGAUUUUUCGCGCUGUCGGUCAUCAUCAAGCUCAAAUACAGGAUCACGCUCAACAACAGCCGAACCAAGCAAAUGUACUGAACAUGGUGCCAUACAUAAAGGCACUACACAGUGCAGUGUGGGUGCAGUUAGCUUAAAUUGUUUGUUAUGUACCAUGUUUUACAUUGAUCAUUCUUUGUGAAGUGCGAUGUCCGAAUGACAUCAGAAUUGAGGAAAUGAAAAUUGUCUUUGUGUUCUUUAAUUCUACUUUAAACCCGUUCCUUUACUGCUGGAAGAUAAUUGAAGUGAGACAAGCAGUAAAGCAGACAAUCAGACAAGCAAUCUCUUGCGUAUAGGUAGACCUAUUUUAACGCUGGCAUAUACUGCUUCUUUUAGAAAUUAUUUGAAAAAUUAUGUUUGUGAGAAGAGAGGAGAAGAUUUGCCAUUCUAUGAUAAAAAAGGGUGAGGGAAAAUAUGAAGAGCUUUUUAUGUAAUGUUUAAAAAACGAGCAGGAGUGUUUUAUCGGGUUUAAAACCACGAGGCGUAGCCGAGUGGUUUUUGACCCGAUAAAACACGUGCUGCGAGUUUUUUGAACGGCUUCAAAAACAUUCUUGGAAAAGCGUGUGUCAAGAGAGUUCAUAACAAUUAUGCUUUUGUGAACGUUAGAAAUUAGCAUACGAGAAAAACAUUAGGGAUUAAAUUAGUAUGCAAGAAAAUCAAAUCUCACACGUGUCAACUGAUCUUGAAUUCGAAGUUUCAGAUGAUGUAUUGUCUAAUAUGCCUUUACCAGAUUACUGUACUAAUGGAAUAGAGAAUUUUUCCAGAUGUGUAUUUCACAACUGUAAUAUUAAUUUGGUGCAAAAGUAAAUUGACUGUGUGAAAUUUGUUGAAAGAACAUUAAAUAUGUUCCCACCAUUUGUUGUGUCAGUUUCUGUGUUGAUAAUUAAUUAAUUUUCAUAAGUCACGUGCAGUGUCUUUAUAUCUGAUAAAACACCGGAUACUAAUAAAGAUGAGGUUUAUCGAUAUAAAGUCACUGCACGUGAUGUAUUAUCUACCAUUUGAUAGGUUAAUGGGCUUAUGAAUUAUUAAUGAGCUUUUGAAAAAUAGUAUAUUGUACUCAAAUUAUCUAAUGAACAACUACUAGGCGAAAAAUUGUAGUUUAGUAGCCAUAAUAAAACAAUAACAUGUCGCUAAUUUGUGCAUUUUGGAAUCAAAAUGCGCUCAGAAUUUUUCUUUACGAUCAAAUCUUGAUGCGAUAUAUCACCUUAGAUCAAAACUAUGGUUUAGUGAUAACGCGCUGUUAACGGAGCCAGCCGCUCGAUUUUGUCACGAUUGGGAAUGAGCCAUGGUGUUUACAACGAAACUUUGUAAAUUAAAGAUGAGGACUUUGUUAACAUCUGUUAAAAUAUACAGAAGAAACUGCUUAGAAAAGAAGUUGAUCAUUUCUGUUUCACAUAGAGUUAUCGUUUGAGACUAGUCGUUUGCCUAAGAUUAAGCUCGCAAAUAGUAACAGAAGAAAAUUGUAAUAAGGAAUGAUUUUAAAAAAACUUUAACAUAUGGUUGAUAAAACCAGCUAUUUUUCAGUAUGUUACUAACAUCAAUUAAGACUGUUAAUCGGGUUGCCUCACUAUUUUGACCACUGCUAAGGUGAAUAUCGUUGUCGAUAAGAGCACAGACCACAAUAAACCAUGGCCAUGGUCGAUUUGUUAAAUGGAGAGUUUUCGCUAACAGCAAGUUUCCUACUAGCACCUAACUAUGUAUAGUAAAUACAAGAUAAUUAGCAGAUGAAAAAAAUUUUCCGAAACGGAGGACAAUUUGUACUGUUAAAGGCGUUUUUCUUUAACUGUUUACCGCUACAUUUGUUUUCACAUUUUUCAGGGCAUAAAGGCAGAGAUCAAUGCAAUUUGAUCGGUGGAGACGUUGUCAUUUUGUAAAAGAUCCAGUCACAUUUGACACGUAGAGAACAAAGAACAAAAUUUUUAUUUUUUUUAGUGGUAACUAUGAAUCUGUAACCAUAUAUGAAUUCUGAGUAAUUUUAAAUAAUCUAGUUUUCUAUUUUCACCAAUACCGAUUAAUGUUUUUAAAAGAGGAUUUUUACCUUUUACCAAAUAUUUUCGGUGCUCUCAGUCAUCAUCUGGCUGAAGUAUAGGAUCAUGUUAAACAUGAUAAAGAAUACACGAGAAGGCUAGAGAUACAAUCCAAACGAUACCUAACAUGAUAUACGUGCGCCUCAAAGUUACAACCUCUUUGUUUCUCAGUUCCAACAGCCGAACGAAACAAAUGCACCGAACAUGGCGCGAUACAGAAAGGCAGUGUUUAGUGCACUGUGGGUGCCGUCAGCAUUAGUUUUCUGCUAUGUACAAAACUUAACAGUGGAAAUUGUGAUAUGUACGAGUAUAAACCGACUAUAUAAUUUCAUCAUAAUCGUCAUUAUCAUUUGCCAUAUAGGCGAAUGUUUUAUUUUUUUCAACUCCAUUUUAAACCCAUUUCUUUACCGUUGGUAGAUCAGAUAUAAGAGAAGUACGAAAGCAGACAAUCCUACAAGCAAUUUGCAAUAUAAAGGUUUCGACCUAUUUCGACGUUUACAUAUUCUGUUUCUUCCAAAGCUAUUUAUCAAUGAUGUUUGCCAUGAAUACAAUUUAAUAAAGAGUAAGGAAAACCAUAAAGAGCUACUUCUAAUUUUUAUACUGUAUUCGAGUUAUAUCAAGAGCAACCGAAAGAUAAAAAAACCCAGUUCGUUAAGUGUAUCACAAGGAUAUCAUGUGCCGAAUUUGCACACGUAUAAUGAAGCAAUGGAGAAUAUUUCGGCUUUUCAAGCAGAAUGCACGAUUUUGCUGUUUUUUCAAAACUUGGAUGAAAUAUAUCACUUUGGCUCUGAUAUACGGUCAAGUGUUUAUGGAGUGUACCAUAUGUAGACUUUGUUUUCAUUUGUUUAAAUAUUUUGAAGUCAAUUCUUAAGAAGUUGAUCAGUAUCACUAUUUUACAUAGAUUUAUCGUUUGAGACCAAUCGUAUGCCAGAGAACAAGUUCGAAAAUUAUGAGAGAAGAAACUUAUGAUAAGAAAUAGUUAAAAAAAACUCUAACAUGGUUAAUAAGACUUAAUUCAGGACCGUUACGAAUAUCGCAAAAUGAAAAUGCGUUGAAUGCAAAUUUCUGAUUAGUAAAUAAGAUGAAAAAGUUAAAGUUGCCUAAAUGUCAUAAAUGUUAUAAAUGUCAUAAUGAAGAUAAAUCUCAUGGAUAAAAUAAGAAUCAAUUAAAUUUGGUCGGUAAAGUUUAAAUGUUCAAAAUUAUUUAUCGAUCGACUGAUUUCCGACUGCGAUAUUUAGAAAUCGUAGACUUAUGUUCUAAAAUACUCCACAAAAUUUAAAAAAAAUGCUCCUUUAUUUACUGUCUUGCUGAGUCAUGAGCUAAGAAGGGCAAGCCAAACUGAAACUGAUCUUUUAAUAAAAUUUAUAAUAAAGUUCGGAUAUAACGCGCGCUGUCAUUGGUUGAAAAAGCGUGCUCUAUGAGAGUAUAGAGCAUAGAACUGAGCUAAAGCUGUCACGCCAUCUGCCAAAUUGUACCAUGUUCGACCUUUUUCCGGGACUUCUUUUUACCUUUUUUCCGAUAAUUGAAAGUGAAAUUUCGGAACAAGCGAGCCGGCAAGUAGUAACAGAAGAACCAAAGAAAGGUUUGUAAACAUACCAGGCGCCGUUAUUUACGUUAUUAAAACGUGGGCAGAUACGAAAAUCCUCAAAGGAAAAACAAAAUAGACAUUCCGAGUUUUAAAGACUUUCACGCUCAGUUAGAUUGCAAGCUUACGUACGGUAAUGAAAAUCAAACACAGCCAACACUCGUAUAGUAUCAUGUUCCAGUGAAUUCGGCUGUCGUUCAUUUAAAAAACACUCGCCUUGAACAGUUUGUUUUCUACCUUGUCAUGUGAAAAAACCCGCGUGUUUUUAUGAGCCAUAAUUCGGCUGAAGUUCACUGAACAUUUCACUUCAAGAUUCUGAAUUAAAAACUUCAGGCAAAAGCGUUAAAUUCGACCUGCCGAAUUAUUUUAGUUUGUAAACUAUCGCAGAGUGUGAACUUUGAUGGUUUUUAAACUUUGAUGGUUUUUGAACUUUGAUGGUUUUUGAACUUUGAUGGUUUGACACUUUUGAGAGCUUUUGUCUUGUACAGCCAAUCUGGUUAUUUGAACUAUUCUAACAGGGAUUCUGAUUGGCUUAUUGUAGCGUGCUUUAUGAGAGUAUAGAGCAUGCUGACGGCAUUGUUCUUCGCUUUGGAAAUAAAGUUUGUUUUGAAAAUUGAAAGUAAUACAUGGGGAAUUGAACGGAUUCUUUAUUAUAAAACAAAUAGAGAAGCCUUGACUGUGCUCUGUUCUGUUAUAAAGCACUUAGGAAGCGGCUAGAGCACUCAAGAAGUGGGAAGAAACACUGGACUACGUCUCGUGUUUCUCCCUACACCUCUUUCGUGCUCUAGCCGCUUCCCGCGUGCUUUAUAACAGAACAGAGCACAGUCAAGGCUUCUCUAUUUGUUAAAUAAUGAAAUGAUGUAGAAUGUCCCAGGCUGUUAAGCAUAUCUCUAUAAGCAGAGCUCAUAUUUAGUUGCAGUUGUUCUCAACAGCCUUUUCCAGGCGUUCAUUUAGUAAAACGGAGCGACACGGUAGUAGCGGUGGAACGAUGAAACGGGGGAGUUUUGGGCCGGGUCGGGUGAACGCCGUUCUUUACCCGUCUGGACCCAAGCCUCACUCUUUUUCGGUGCGCCCUGAUUAUCGCGCCGUUUACUGUGCACUUCGCUUUACUAGCUGAACGCCUCAAAAAGGCUGUGUUAUCACUCGAUGAGCUGUCAAAGAAAAAGCGUAAUGCAGAACACAAGAGACUACAUCAUAUAUUUUCUUCGAGUCAAAAGUGGAGCCACUUAUUACGAAUGAGGAAUCGAGAGACAAAAUAAAUGCAAUCACCUGUCAUAUACAUAACAACUUUAAUUUUUACUACGGUAAUGUUUUGCAAUCAAAUAAUUACAGAAAAUUUAAUUCAUCUUACUGAAUUGUUCAUUGAGCAAACAAUUUAAAGAGACUUCUGUAGCAUUAAAGUCCACACGGCAACCGGGUGGACAAUCUGACAUGGUUUGAUGCUACUCUGGUUUACAGAUUUAAUGAGUGUAACCGAAGAAGUUACAAUUCUUCGGUUGCAUUAAUUAAAUCUGUAAACCAGAGUAGCAUCAAACCAUGUCAGACUUCUGUAACUUUAUGCUUUGCGCCUAUGAAAUGAUUGAAUAUUUUUAUUCCGUAGCAAAACCGUAUCGUAAAAAAAAAGCUAAUACAUGUAUAGUUUUUCAAAAAAAAACUAAAACAAAACUUCGGCUAAAAUAACAUGGCAUUGGGGCAUUGGUGACCAUAGAUUCAUACAGAGGAAGUCUUCAAACUACUUCCUGGCCAAGUAACAUCUACCUUGCAAUCUUUUUGUUUUUCAGUUUGCCGUAAGUAUGUGAUCAUAAUUCCGGCUGACAAGACCCGGUAUCACAGCACUGGCAUAAGCGCUUCAUCAUCUGUCAGUAGCUUUUAGUGAAGGUUUUCCUUACUCAAACACUGAUAUUUUAAUUUUUUAAAUUUUUUUAAAAAUUUUUUUUAAACAAUGGUCACAGAUUAAAUAAAUUUGUCCCUGGAUGCCACAUCCAAAAUGUCGUUUACCAAUUACAGGUAACUAAGACAAACAGAAAUCUUCAGUAGCAAACUUCCGCUGUAAAAAACCAGUGAUAAUUUGCACACACAUCGUCUCCCGUGGGGGGAGCAUUUGAAUUAUUUAUGAUCUUUUUACCAACAUUUCCACCAUUUAAAAGUGUGACAUUUAGAUACAAAAAAAUAUAAAUAUUUUUAGAAUAACUUUGCAUCUCCAACCAACAUAAAUUUUGAAAUUGGACUUUUUCCCUAAGUUUUCCUAAACUGUUAACAAUUCAUGUCAUUCCGAGAUCACGUGAAUCAAUAAUUCACGCUAUCAGCCGGGUAAGGCAACGAGUCCGAUCCAAACAACACGUCGGCCUAUGCGUUAAUCAAGGUGUCGGCUAACGGUAAUUGGUCGGCUAUCGACGAACUGUCGGUCGACUUUGGAUAUCCUAUCACUGAAGGUUUAUUUGAGUAAAUGAAUUUUUUAAAAUAUUUUUUUGAGAAAUUAACCUAUCACAAAUGCAGUUUUACUUUCCUCCUAUUACUAAUUCAAAUUCGCGCAGAAAGACUGGCGUUUUUUGCUCUUUCGUGUCACAAACCUCACAGCGUUCCGGCAUUAUACAUAGUCAGACGCUAGUGAUGAACUUUUACUCUCUGCAAUUGUUAUCCAAAAAUUAAGGUUUAACCGACCUUGACUUAAAGGGUGCUGUUAAGACGAAACAUUCCUCGUUGUAUCUAAGGAUAACCUCCAAAAGAGUGGAAACGACAGCAAGAUGAUGGCGACAACAAAUCUAACUGAAAGUGGAACACAUAUGCAAACAUUUCACGAAUCGCUAUGUUCCCCGAUUUGGUUAGGUGAUUUUAAACAACAGUCCAUUUCAUUCUCAGCAGUCAACAUUUUCUUUUCCAUCACAGCAAUUCUUGGGAAUUCCCUUAUCCUUGUUGCCCUUCACAAAGAAUCUUCCCUCCAUCCGCCAUCCAAACUCUUGUAUAGUUGUUUGGCAACAUCUGAUCUGUUGGUUGGUCUUGUUAACCAGCCUCUCUAUGCUGCCGGCUGGAUGUCCGUGGUUUACGAACACUGGAGUUUUUGUCGAUACGCAAGGGAUGCAACCGUCAUAUCAAGCAGUGUAUUAUGCGUAGUGUCUUUGAUGACGAUGACGGCCAUAAGCGUGGACCGACUUCUUGCCAUGUUGUUGGGACUGAGAUACAAAGAGAUUGUAACUUUGAGGCGCACGUAUAUCAUUUUAACUAUCGUUUGGGUUGUAUGUAUAGUCGCUGGUUUAUUCUCUUAUCUCAAUUACCGUAUAGGUCUUUGGUACCGCAUCAUAACCAUACCAUCAUGUCUGGUAAUCUCAGUCGCCUCGUAUACAAAGAUUUUUCGCGCUCUCAGUCAUCAUCAGGCUCAACUACAAGAUCAUGUUCAACGACAGCGGAGCCAACCAAAUGCACUGAACAUGGCGCGAUACAGAAAGGCAGUGUACAAUGCGAUUUGGGUGCAGUUAGCUUUAGUUGUCUGUUAUUUUCCACAGUUUAUAUUGAGAAUUGUGAUCUUUCUUAGUGCAAAAAGAUUUUCGAAUUUAUUCUUAAUUUACGGAAUGGGAAUUUUUAUACUUUUCUUUAACUCUACUUUAAACCCCUUCCUUUACUGCUGGAAGAUAAGUGAAGUGAGACGAGCAGUGAAGCAGACAAUCAGACAAGCAAUCUGCUUUGCAGUGGGGUAG